AUGGCGUCUUUAGAUCUAUUAACACCGCAUUUAUCUAAAAUUAAAAUAGCCGGGCCACAGCAACUGGUAUAUAAAGACGAAUGUGUGUAUUCAUUUGACAAUCCGGAAUCAGAUACAGGAUUGUACGUAUCGCUUGUAUCAUUUCUGGGUUUUGGACGUAAUUAUGUUGAGCAAUACUUUCAAAAGACCGGCAAUGCUGUUUUUCUACACAUCAAGAGAACUAAAGAACCUGUGCAAGAACCCGAAAAGACCGGCGAUGGCCCAGAGAAAAAGAUAACACGCUUAGCAAUCGGCGUGGAGGGAGGGUUCGAUCCCACAUGUGGCAAGCCCAAGUUCAUCUUCACAGACAACUACAGUGUCGUGGUUCUGCCUGGAUUUCACACAUACUCCUGGCCUAAUCCUAAUUUACCUGAUGUCGUGAACAAAUCUGUUCAAAGCGUCAUAGACGCUGAAUCUCCAUUUAAAAUUGCGGAAAUGGCGGCAAUGGCCGGCACUUGGGAUGGCGAGAAACGCGAGGUUUCAGUGCAUGCAGUGAGUUUGAAACAACUGGACAAUGGUGUCAAAAUUCCUCCUUCGGGUUGGAAAUGCGCUAAAUGUGACCUCACCAACAAUUUGUGGCUGAAUCUAACAGAUGGAUCGAUACUUUGCGGAAGGCGGUUCUUCGAUGGCUCUGGUGGAAACGACCAUGCUGUGGAACAUUAUCGACUGACAGGAUAUCCUCUAGCAGUCAAGCUGGGCACCAUUACAGCAGAUGGAAAAGGUGAUGUGUUUUCUUAUGCAGAAGAUGACAUGGUGGAGGAUCCCUAUCUUGCUGAUCAUCUCAAACAUUUUGGCAUUAAUAUUCAGCAGUUGCAAAAGACAGAGAAAUCGAUGGUAGAACUGGAAUUGGAGCUCAACCAGCGAAGUGGCGAAUGGAACACUCUGCAAGAGUCUGGCAGUGAACUGAGGCCAUUGAGUGGGCCGGCUCUCACGGGCCUCAACAACCUCGGCAAUACUUGCUAUAUAAACAGUGUUGUACAGGUAAUGUUCCGUAUGCCAGAUUUUGUACGCCGAUUUGUGGAUGGUGCGCCAGAAAUAUUUGCCACUUUCCCAGAAGAUCCUGUCAAUGACUUCAAUGUACAGACAGCAAAGUUAGGAGUUGGUUUACUCUCAGGCCGCUACUCAUUCCCGAGCUCAGAAGGUUCCCAGGCUGGAGUUUCUCCUCAUAUGUAUCGCAAUCUAGUAGGAAAAGAUCAUCCCGAGUUUAUGAGCAAACGUCAGCAGGAUGCUCACGAAUUCUAUUUACAUCUAUUAUCGCUCCUCCAGCGCCACAGCCGCGCGAGCUGGAACCCGGCGGAGUGCCUGCGCUUCAGCGUGGAGGAGCGCGUGCAGUGCGGCGAGUCGCGCGGCGUGCGCUACACGGCGCGGCCCGAGCACCACCUGCCGCUGCCCGUGCCGCUCAGCGCCGCCGCCAACCCCGACCAGCUGCGCGACUACGAGCGCCGCCGCGCCGCCGCCGAGGCCUCCGGGCAGCGCCUAGAUCCAUCCCAAUUAGUUCGGCCGCAUAUACCAUUCCAAGCGUGUCUGGAAAGCUUUAUGAAAGAGGAAUCUGUGGAGAUGUUCUACAGCAGUGCCGUGAAUAAGAAAGUUACAGCUCAAAAAAUCACUAGAUUGGCAACUUUCCCAGACUACUUACUGAUACAGCUCAAAAAGUUCACUAUCAAGGAAGAUUGGACUCCUGCUAAACUAGAUGUUGCUGUUGACAUGCCUUGGGAGGUAGAUCUAAGUUGUCUCCGCGGUCGCGGGCUACAGCCGGACGAGACGCUGUUGCCGGAGACUGCGCCCGAGGCUCCGGCGCCCGUCUACGACGAAUCGCUACUCUCACAACUCCUGGACAUGGGCUUCCCCGUAGAGGCGUGCAAGAAGGCGCUGUACUACACCAACAACAGCGGCAUGGAGGCCGCCUCCAACUGGCUCAUGGAGCACAUGACCGACUGGGACUUUGCCAACAAGUUCGAGCCGCCAGGCUCACAAAGCGCGGAGGCCGGCGCGGCGGCGCCAGUGGACGAGGCGAGCGUGGAGCAGAUCACGUGCAUGGGCUUCACGCGGGCGCAGGCCGCGCGCGCGCUGGCCGCCACGGACGGCGACGUGCCGCGCGCGCUCGACUGGAUCUUCAGCCGCGCCGACGAGCUCGACGCGCCCCAAGCGCCCGACUGCCCGCCGCGCGCCGACCGCACGCUGGGCUGCAGGGACGGGCCCGAGAAGUAUAAGUUGGUGGCCUUCAUCUCGCACAUGGGCACGUCCUCUAUGGUCGGUCACUACGUGUGCCACGUGCUGCACGAGGGCCGAUGGGUUAUAUUUAAUGACAACAAGGUGGCUUGCUCAGAAAACCCGCCCAAAGACCUCGGCUACUUGUAUCUUUAUGAAAGGCUGUGA